UAGACGGCUGUGUUUGCACCAUACUGUUCAUUCAGGCCAGUGGCCCCAGAGGAGCCUGCAAGAGCCCAGCAAUGCUGAAAGACCUUUAAAGGGUUGCAGAGUUUUUACCUGCAGGGCAAGUGGUUAUUUGAUGUGGACGUGGGCUGUGUCUCUUUAAAAACCCCAGAGACUUCACUCAGUUUUUGUUUGGCCGUCAGUUGUGGGCUUCUGAAAAGGGGAGAUUUGGAUUACAGCAAGACCCUGUGUGUACAGGGCUUUGUUCUGAUCUUUCUGCUCUUGGACGUGUGGACCCGAAGGGAAAAUGUCCACAAUGUCCAGUGAAGGUGAUGCUGGAGGUCAGCCUUCCACAACAACCAUCAGCACUGUGGCCGUACAAGCUGGAGACUCGCAGAUUGUUGUAACCAUACUCAGGUGUGGGGAGCUGGUGCAUAUACAGCUGACUGAAGCACAGCCUAACCUCCUGGAGAUUGGAAACAACCAAGAUGAGACCAGAAAGCUUCUGCAGGAACAUGAGCAGCUCCUUGCCAAACUUAAGAAAAAUGAAGGAGGUGUGUGGGCUUUGCUGAAGGAGGCUGAUAAAACAGCGGCUCAGAAGGAUGGAGAGGAGCUGGUGUAUAAGGCCAUGGCAGUCUCUCUUAGCGAGGCUUGGACAACACUGGUGAACCACCUGGAGAAGAGGAGAUCACUCCUGGUCUUGGCAUGCCAUUUCUUUGAGUGUGCUUUAGAGUUUGCCAUCAGGAUAGAUGAAGCUGAAGACAUUCAGAGUGUUAGCCAGAAGUCUACAGUCACAGACAACUUGAAUGAAUUGCUUCAGAAACACAGUGCUAUUAGAAGAGGGAUGUUGGAGAAGUCGAUGCUGGUGUUGAAUAAGAGUCGGGAGUUGCUGGAAUUUUUGAAGGACUUUCAGUCCCAGCAGGCCCUGCAGUAUGGCAGAGCGUCACAAGGGGCCCGGAGCAGCUUUGGAAAGGUUGAAGGUUUGAUGGAGAUUCUGCAGGACAGACGCAGGCAAGUGGACCUCUGCAUGAGACGACAGCAGCAUGAGCUCGAAGUCAUCCACUGCAUUUGCCAAUGGGAGCGACAGGAGCAGGAGGUGACACAAUGGUUUAAGGAAAACUUGUUUUUCUUGGAAAACAGUCAUCUGGGAUCAUCUUUGUCAGAAAACGAGGAGCUACUGCAAGAAUACAAAGAGUUUGAACAGAAAGCCAAGAACUGGGCUGUUCUGGUGGAGAAGUUACUAGAGCAGGCAUCAGAUCUGCUUUCCUCAAAUGAGUCCACACAACUUCAGUGCUUGUCAGAGAAGAGUGAAAAACUUCGAGCGUCACACCAGCAGAUCUGGAGCCUCAUGAUGAGUAGACAGGCUCAUCUGCAGGAGAGCAAUGCCUUUUACAGCAGUGCUAAUAAAGCAUUUGAGGUGCUGGCUACUAUAGAGAGUGCUACUAAGGCACUGAAGACUCAACCUCUGGCUUUACCUGAACUGGCCAAGAAACAUGAAGAGUUUUCAUGCAGAAUUAAAGAUGCCUCUGCUGAGUCUCUUCAGAGAGGUCAUCUGUUACUCCAGAAGCUUGAACCACAGAGUGUCCCAGUUGGAGCGCUGCAGAGAAUGCUGGGAUACAUCAAAGAGAGGAUGGAGGCUCUGAGUCGUGAGUGUCAUGCGCACAGAGAGUUAACAGGCAGACGACAACAGCUGGUGGCCUCUGUUGAAGAACUGAUGGAAAAGAUCUCGGCUUGGAUAAAAAGCAGCAGCAGUGUCCUCUCUGCCAGCACAGAGCCCGGUUCAUCUCUAACGGAGGCUGAAGAUGCUCUGAACAAACAUGUUGAGCUGCUCUCACAGUCUCAGAACGUUAUGAAAGAAUCAGAGGCUAUAGCUGGUUUUCUAAGAGAACUGAAGAUGCUGAAAGCCACAGAGACGCUCGACUUGUUGAACAAAGCUUCACUUCUGGCAGAGGAGAUGAAGACAAUGGUCAGAAACAUUUCAUCACAUGUGGAGAGCCUCAGACCCUAUGUGGACUUUCUGCAUUGUGCAGAGGAGGUCGAGGAGCAGAUUAGGACACUUGAGGAAUGUUAUAAGAACAGAUCAGAGGAAGAGGAGGAAAAUGAAGUGGCAGGUGCUUCCCUGAAAGAAAUGAUGGAUGCUAAGUGGCAGUCAUUGCUGCAGAGGUUUUUCACCAUGCAGGACCUGGGGAACAACUUUAUUAACACCUCUAACAUGAUCGGUGGCAACCUGAAUCUAAAUGUUAAAGCAGCAGGGCAUGUUGUAGAAAAGCAUAUGGAGACACUGACCAAGAAAAAAUGUGAACUAGCAGACUUGUGGACAUCUUGGCAACUUAAUUAUAGUCAGAUAAAAUCCGUGAAGAAGCAGUGGAAAAAAUUCAAGGAACAGCUUAAAAAGGUUCAUCAUGAUUUAAAGGCAAUGGAGGAUUUUUUUGCUCCGGCAUCAAAGAUUGAUUUGGGAGGUGAUCCUCAGUCUGUGUUUAAACUUCAGGAAAAAUUCAACUCUGUGAAGCCAGAAUUCCUGCAACUGAAUGCAGAGGUGGAAUUCCUGGUUAAGACAUCUGAGCUGCUCAGUUUGAAAGGAGUACCUGCAAAAGAGAAGAACGAGAAAAUCUCAGAGCUUCUGCUGCUGCAUCAGCGUGUCAGAGAUAAACUCAGAGAGUAUGAAACCAUUCUCAGUAUGGCCAGCAAAUUUCAUCAGCUUUAUCAAGAGCUGGAUACAGUAUUACAUGUGGAACCAGUGAGUGUGUUCAGUGACAGCAGCCAGGCCAGGGCACAGUUGACCCAGCACCAAGACAGGCAGAGACAUAUCCACCAUCUGUACAAGCUCGCUCUCUCACUGGGUGCAGAUAUCACCAGCAAUGUGCAGCAGUCGCGCGUGCUGGUGUUGACGGUGCAACAGUUACAGGAGAAACUGGUCAAGUUGGAAAGAGGAAGUGCUGAUUGGAUCAUUAAGGCCAACAAGUGUGAAGAGAGUUUGACGAGCAAUGUCCACUUCUGCCUUUAUAAGGAAGAGAUCAGUGAGCUGAGGGAGUCUUUUAAAGAUCUCAAAAAGAAAUUCAACAAUCUGAAAUUCAACUACAUGAAGAAAAACGAAAAGUCAAGAAACUUCAAGGCAGUGAAAAACCAGAUCCAGCAAAUUGAAAUAUACAUUGAAAAGCUACAGGUAUUAAAGAAGAAGCUGCAGGCCUUCACUCUGAAAGUGUCCAGCAGCAGUGAGAGACAUUUAAUUGGCAACAGCCUCAGAGAGAUUGAGGAUCCCUUAAAUGAGCUGCAGAGACAGGUGGGCGACUUUGACAGGGCAGUGGAGGAGUACAAACAAAACCUGGACAUGAAUGUCAAGCUCCAGCAGGCCUUAGAGGAGUAUCAGUUCUGGUGCGACGAGGCAAGCUCCACAAUUGUGCGUGUGGGUAAAUAUUCUUCCCAGUGUAAGACUAAGGAAGCGGUCAGCUGUCUCUACAAACAGUUUGAAAAAUUUGUGUGGCCCACAAUCCCACAGCAAGAGGAGAGAAUUAGCCAGAUCACAGAGCUGGCAGUGCGGCUGCAUGGCACUGACGAAGGAAAGAAAUACAUGGAGAAAACAAUCAACAAGCACCAUGAAAUUGUUGAAUCAAUAAAAGAGCUGUCUAAUGGACUUCUUGACCUUGAAGCCAAACUUGAGUUGGAGACCUUGAAAGAGCCUUUAACACCGGAAGACAACAAAAAACGGGACACUAUUGAUACGCCUGAACAAAAGGAAAGUGGACAUACCCCUGAGAUGACAGGUCCACACUGCACAAAAGAGAUGCCUGAUGGCAAGAGUCCAGAAACCAAGAAACCUCAACUCCGCAAAACACAACGCCAAGAUCUGCCAGACAAACAUCAUCCAGAAUAUCAGAAAGUGUUGUCAGAGACUAGAUCUUACACACAGGAGGCCUAUUCCAAGACCAGCAAAGUGGAGAGCAUCACCAGCAAAUCUACCUUAGAGAAAAGAGAGGAAAUGCACACAUCCUUCUCUCACUCCCAAACCAUUAAUGUGAGCCGUUCCCCUGUAGAGCGAGAGAAGAAGAGUCACACUCUCAUGCUAACAAAGAGGGACUCGCAAGAAACACCUCCACCACCACUUCCUCCUCCACGAGAUGCAGGUCUUUCUCGCCCCAAUAUCAUAAAUAUACAGAAAGAGUUGCAGGGUAUGGAGAAACCUUGCCCUGUUCAGAAGACCAGCUCUGAGGACAAGUAUCAGGCCUGUAAUAGAAAUCCCCCUUUACAUUCAUAUUCCAAGACUGCUUCCGCUCAUCAUUCUUUAGAAGAUGACUUUUUGCCACAUGGCACACCAGAGCCAGCAGCUCCUUUAGGAAGUCUACAUGAGGGUGACUUCCAUCCUGACCAUCUCACAGAGGAAUCACUUUCCAAUGACGAAUACGAAUGCACUUCUCCAGAUGACAUCUCUUUGCCUCCUUUAUCAGAGACCCCAGAAUCCAACAUUAUCCAGUCCGAAAAUGACUUUGAUGAUGGUUAUUGUGUGAGCUCACACAGCCAUCGCAUAAACCAAUAUAGCCACCAGUCCCAAUCCCAUCACAGUGAAACCCUGCACCAGAGACAGCAGGAUUGGAUGUCAAGCCAGGCUGAAAGUUACCCAUCACCCACCGCUGUCAUGGGGACCAAAUUUAGAUCAGAAUCGUCCUCCUUUGUACAAAGCCCUCUCACAGUCCCUGCUCCUAAUCUUGUUUCAAACACCAUCUCCACUAUCUUAAAGAACAAAUCUGGCAACCCACUGCCUUGCAGUGUCACUGAAACUCAUUACUCAGUGCAUGAGAGUCAUACAGAGACACAAAAGUGUGUGCAUGAUUCCAGUUUGGGUCAGUCCAUCGCCGAUCGGGCUAGUAACACGCAUGCAACCCCUACCCCAUUAACCACAGAGUCGGAUCUCUGCAAGCCCAAAGCCAUUCGAGAAGAGAUCAAGCGGGUGUCUUCUAAAAAAGUUAUGGGCAAAUUAGAAAGCGACCCAGGUCCAAACUUCUCCAAACCUUUGUCCAAUGCCACGGUAAUGGAGGGCUCUCCGGUGACCUUGGAGGUGGAAGUCACUGGAUUUCCUGAGCCUACAUUAACCUGGUUCAAGAACGGACACAAACUGGCCAAUGAUGAGCAUAUAGAACUGUCCCAUAAAGAAGGCAAGCAUGCGUUGUUCAUUCACAGCUCUGCAGUGAGAGACUCUGGCCAAUAUGUGGUUACUGCUUCAAACUCAGCCGGCACAGUGUCGUCCAGCUCCAUGCUGCAGGUCAAAGGUAACGGCACUGACCUUGAUGUCCUCAAACUGGACUGGCACACCUGCUUUGGCACCCUUUGCUUCUUCUUGUGGCUUCUCUAUCUGCUGUUACUAUAAUGGACACUACCAUUAACAUAAGGAAAAACACAUGGAUGUUGGACUCUUUGCAUCACAACCGCUAAUGUGCACACAACUGACUGUGUGGGGUGGCUGCACAAAAUAAAAGAGCACAUGGGUAGUUGAUAUAAAAUGUUUUUUUCUUUGUUGCUGUUGUUGUUCUUCUUCAUCUAAAACUAUUCUGGCAGCUUAGUAAGUAUAUUCUGAUUUUAAUGCAUGCAGCUCUUAUGAUAUUGUUUAAAUAUCUGUACAGUGCAUCUGGAAAGUAUUGAUAGCGCUUCACUUUUUCCACAUUUUUAUGUUACAGCCUACCAAAAUGGAUUAAAUGUAUUUAUUUCUUCAAAAUUCUACACACAAUAACCCAUAAUGACAAUGUGAAAACAUUUUUUAUUAAAAAUAAAAAGCUGAAAAAUCACAUGUACAGAAGUAUUCACAGUCUUUGCUCGAUACUUUGUUGAUGUACCUUUGGCAGCAAUUACAGCCUCAAGACUUUUUGAAUAUGAUGCCACAAGCUUGGCAUCAAUUUUUGCCCAUUCCUCUUUACAGUAUCUCUCAAGUUCUAUCAGGUUGAAUGGAAGCGAUGGUGUACAGCCAUUUUUAGAUCUCUCCAGAGAUGUUCAAUAGGAUUUAGGUCUUGGCUCUCAAGGACAUUCGCCGAGUUGUUGUGAAGCCACAUUUUUUGGUGGUGUGCUUUGGGUCAUUGUCCUGCUGGAAGAUGAACCGUCAUCCCAGUCUGAGGUCAAGAGUACUCUGAAGCAGGUUUUUUAUUCAGGAUGUCUCCGUACAUUGCUGCAUUUAUCUUUCCCUCUAUCCUAACUAGUCUUCCAGUUCCUGCUGCUGUAAAACAUCCCCACAGCAUGAUGCUGCCACCACCAUGCUUCACUGAAGGGAUGGUAUCAGCCUGGUGAUGAGCAGUGCCUGGUAUUCUCCAAACGUGAUGCCUGGCAUUCACUCCAAAGAGUUCAAUUUGAGUCUCAUCAGAUUUUGUUUCAUAUGGUCUGAGAGUCCUUCAGAUGUCUUUUGGCAAAUUCCAGGCAGGGAGUGGCUUCCAUCUGGCCACUCAACUACACAGAUCAGAUUGGUGGAUUGCUGCACAGAUAGUUGUCCUUCUGUAAGGUUCUCCUCUCUCCACAGAAGAACGCUGGAGCUCAGACAGUGUUAUUGAUCACCUCCCUGACUAAGGCCCUUCUCCCCGAUCACUCAGCUUGGGUUGCCAGCCAGCUCUAGGAAGAGUCCUGGUGGUUCCAAACAUCUUCCACUUACAGUUGAUGGGAGACCACUGUGCUCAUUGGAACUUUCAGAGCAGCAGAAUUUUUUCUGUAACCUUCCCCAGCCUUGUGCCUCGAGACAAUCCUGUCUCGGAGGUCUACAGACAAUUCUUUGUCUUCAUGCUUGGUUUGUGCUUUGACCUGCACUGUCAACCCUGGGACCUUAUAUAGACAGGUGUAUGCCUUUUCAAAUCAUGUCCAAUCAACUGAAUUUACCCCAGGUGAACUCCAAUUCAGCUGCUGAAACAUCUCAAGAAUGAUCAGUGGAAACAGAAUGUACCUGAGCUCAAUUUAGAGCUUCAUGGUAAAGGCUGUGAAUACUUAUGUACAUGUGAUCAAAAUCUUUUUUUCACAUUGUCAUUAUGGAGUAGUGUGUGUAUAAUCUUGAGCAAAUAUGUUAAUUUAAUCCAUUUGGAAUAAGGCUGUAACAUUAAAAAAAAAAAUGGAAAAAGUGAAGCGCUAUUAAUGCUUUCCGGAUGCACUGUAGAUAUAAAAAUGAAGUUGACACAUCAUGCCGUGCAUUAAUGUGGUUAAAAUGGUGCUUUACAAAGGCGAUCAGUCACAGGACCUCAAUAUACACUUUACUUUAUACAUUCAUAUGCAUUUUAACCAUAAAAAAUAUUGUUGUUGAGUGUUUUUUUAUUGCUGAUUCAACUACCCAUAGAUUUGUUCGUGAAGGUUAUGAACACUGAAAUCACUGUAACAAUGUUUUGUGAUAAUUAACGUAGUUAAUAAAUUCGAGUUAUUCUGUUUUUCCUAUUAUAUUAUGCAAGUAGCAACUGAUCUGCAUGCAGUUCUCUUUGUGAUGGUAAUGAAACCCUGGAAUGCUCUCCAGUUAUUUAUAGUUGCAGUUCUGAAAUAACAUGUUCAGCAUUUUACCAUUAAACUAUUUAUUUUUAAAGA